AUGUUUCUGGACAAAUGUGAAGGAGAUCUGAGUGAUCUAAGAGGGGACAAUACACCAUCAUCAUGUCCUCCAGAAGGAGAAGAAGAUGAAAUUCCAAAAAAGAAACAUCGCAGAAACAGAACAACCUUCACUACCUACCAAUUGCAUGAAUUAGAAAGAGCAUUUGAGCGUUCCCACUACCCAGAUGUAUAUAGCCGAGAAGAGCUUGCCAUGAAGGUUAGCCUGCCAGAGGUUCGGGUACAGGUGAGACUACACAAAAGGGGGGUGGCUAAAUUCACUGUUUGGUUCCAGAACCGAAGGGCAAAAUGGAGGCGUCAGGAGAAGCUAGAGUCUUCUUCUGCCAAACUUCAUGAUUCCCCAUUGCUCUCAUUUUCACGGACACCAAUAACCACCAAUGUUGGGCCACUAAGCUCUUCUUUACCUCUGGAUCCAUGGCUCACCUCCCCCAUUUCUACAGCCAGCAGUGUGCACAGCAUACCAGGAUUUAUAACCCCUUCUCAAAAUCUUCAGUCUCAUUACACUGGUCAUACUUUCCUCAAUAGUGCACCUACAAUGACAUCUAUACAGCCUCUCAGCAGUGGCCCCUACCAAUGCAUGGGAGGCUUUGUUGACAAGUUUCCAAUAGAGGAGUUGGACCGAAGCUCCAGCAUUGCUGCACUACGCAUGAAGGCCAAGGAGCACAUUCAGACCAUAGACAAGACUUGGCAGCCUAUCUGA